AUCUGAUCGCUUUUGUUUCGGUACAUUAUGACCUCAUUAAGUGUUUAAACUCGAGUUUGAACUCAGUUAUCGGGAUGACUAAUAUCUGUUGUUUCUUUCCGAUUAAAGUUUUCGUAAAAUAAUUUCAAUUGCAACCUGCAAUAAUUUUGUUUAUUAAAUUUUAUGAUAUGCUGGUUUGAUAUUUUUUUCACGAACAUUUAAGCCCGUACUUUGACGUUUAUUAUCUAUCGCAUAUCGUAACGAAAUGCUAAUGAACCUAUAAAAUUAUAGGAAGCGUGAUUUUUUUCAAUCGUUAUUAUCAUUACAUCGAAAAUGUAUUUAAUUACGAGAUACUCGUUACUCGACAGUAAACUAAACAAUCACGUACAUUUGAUUAUUCUAGUUCUAUUGCCUCUAUUGCCAUCGUAUUUAUGUAAUGUUUUUUUAAUGAAUCAUUUAUAAAUUUUUUUACGAUGCUAGGGAAAUGAGCUUUUUAAGAAAUAAUGUGAAAUUGUACUCUUACUGUUAAUCAUUACUUAUUACAUUUCUUUUCUAUUGAUUUGCGAGAAACUAUUUUUAGUAAUUGUUCUGUGAAAAUUUUAUUAAUUGUGUUUUAGUUCCUUUCUAUUGGUUUUCCAAGUGACAUAAAAUGCUCAAUACACGUAUACAACGUAACAUACAUUUAUGAAUGGAUUCGGUGUUCUUACUUCUGCUUUGACAAUCCUGGUGCUUUGCAAGAUGACUUUAAAGUCGACUUGCAGAUGUCAACUAGUAAAUUUGUUUUAUUGUAUUCUAUUUACUCAUGGCCAAACGUGAUUUUAUGUUUCAUUGGCGGAUUUUUAUUGGACAGUGUAUUUGGCAUACGUUUAGGAACAAUUAUAUAUAUGGGACUUACGCUGAUCGGUCAGAUUAUAUUUGCAGCUGGAGCUAUGGUUAACGAGUUUUGGGUGAUGAUGGUUGGUCGCUUUGUUUUUGGCGUUGGCGCAGAAUCAUUGGCCGUCGCUCAAAAUAAUUAUGCCGUUUUAUGGUUCAAAGGGAAGGAACUGAACUUGGUGUUUGGUUUGCAGCUAAGUUUCGCUAGAGUCGGAUCAACCGUGAACUUUUUAGUAAUGGAGCCAAUUUAUAAUUACGUGUCUCAAUACUAUAAAGGGCCAGAAUGUAUUGGCAUUGUUCUCUUUCUCGCUGCCCUUACCUGCGUGGGUUCUAUGAUCUGUGCAUGUUUACUGGGUAUUAUGGAUAAGCGUGCUGAGAGAUUAUUAAGAAGGGGAGAGGGGCAAGAAACCGAAGUCGUUAGUUUAACCGAUAUUAAAGAUUUUAAACUAAUAUUUUGGUUGAUCGCCGUCAUUUGUAUUGCUUAUUACGUUGCGAUAUUCCCGUUCAUCGCAUUAGGAAAAGUAUUUUUCGAACGAAAGUAUGCGUUUGAACCAUCAAACGCGAAUAUGGUUAACUCUCUCGUGUACUCCAUAUCAGCUAUUGCGUCUCCCAUCUUGGGCUAUCUUGUCGAUAGAACUGGAAAGAACGUUUCUUGGAUGUUUGUCAGUAUUCUUGCAACUAUAGUAGCUCAUGGACUACUCGCAUUCACAUAUAUAAAUCCUUAUGUAUGCAUGAUUCUUAUGGGAUUAGCAUACUCUAUGCUCGCUAGUAGUUUAUGGCCACUGAUCGCACUCGUUACCCCAGAAUAUCAGCUUGGUACUGCUUACGGAAUUGCACAGGCUGUACAAAAUUUGGGUUUGGCUACAACUUCAAUAUUAGCUGGUAUAAUCGUUGACCGGGGUGGAUACUUCAUGCUCGAAAUGUUUUUCUUGGGUUGGCUAUGGAUUUCGUUAAUAACCGCUGUUGCAAUCUGGGUGUCGGACGUAACAACUACCGGUGGCUAUUUGAAUAUGACGCCAGGUCAGAGAGAAAAAUAUGAAGAAAUUCGACGUACACCGGAAAGUCUCGAAAGAGAAAAGUUACUGGCUCCGGAAUCAACUUCUGAUUUAUCGACUGACGAUCUUUUACAACCACAAUCUGACAUUAGCAUUAGAAAUCGUUAUCUGUCUCGCAUCGGAGGAAUGGUACCACCUAACGUAAAAACACCAAUUCACCGGCUAUUACGAUGAUGCAUUUUAUUUAGAUGAAUUUAAAAAUAUAAAUAGCUAUAUUCAUUUAAAAACCUCGGUAAAAGAGUUGCUCACUGUGUCUUCCUCUUACACAGCAUUAAUCUGUGAUAAUUUCGUAAUCGAUACGUUUGAAUUGUAGCCCGAAUUACACAUAAUUCAUUUGUAACAGAUCGAAAAAUAGAUCUUUUAUCGAGAAAUUAAUAUGCCAAUAAUUGACAAGUGGCAAAGAUAUAUUUGUAUAUCGUUUGUUUUUGGCAUUUAUUGUAACUACGAAUGUUAAUAAUAAUACGAUUUUAUGAAACACCAUCAAA